AUGUUGGACACAAACAGAAUAAUCGAAGUGUGCUAUCAGAUACGUUCCAUUAUGAAGAUAAUUAAAAUGUAUAGAUCCAUUUGUAUUUUAUUAAUAAUAUAUUUGUCAAGAAUGAUAUCGCAUAGCCCAAAUUCGUUCGAUACAAUAUUGCAUAUUUCGCUAGAUAACCGAAAUGACUAUAUGCCUAGAACAAAUGGAAGAAAUCUUGCACAAAGAAGCCCUUCAAGACAAGCAUUAAAACGCGCUCAUGAUUGCUCACUUACAGAUGAUGAAAUUUUAAAACUUUUUCACCUAAUACAUGUAGAAGCAAUAGCUGCAGGUGAUAUAAUAACUGCCAUGCUUUUACGUUUGGAUGAAGAAACAGGUCGUGUAGAUGUUGAAGGGUUAGUUAGGGACAAGCUACGUAGACGUAUACGAAUGGAAAUGCCAUAUUUCCCCGCAGAUAAAGUAGUAACUAUGCAGGCUAGGUUAACCGAACUCGUUGAAGACAUAGUCGGAAUUAGUCCGUUAAAUAAAGAUAUAAUUUUUCACAAGUUCGAAGCCUAUAAGGUAGAAUUAGACGAAACUGUAGACAUACUGCGGUUUGUUGCAAGACAACGAACAGAAGAGGGCAUAUAUGAAAUUUUAAACAAUUUGCAACUUAUAGGAGAAUUACUAGCAGUUCGAUUGAGAAGUAACGAUAUUGUAGUAAAUGAAAAUACAUCAGCCAGUAUGGUACUUCGAAUAAGGAGAAGAAUUUUGGACAUUCUUGAAUUUCAUCAUGACAUGCCAUCCCAAGCAAAUAGUAACUGA